AUCGUGUUUCUAUGGUGUGUCGUCACAACGAAGCUGCCAAAUAAGCGUCAGCGCCCAACCAAAUAUGUUGUCAUAUUCCAAUGAAGUGUUGUGGCAGGAUAGGGAAGUUCGCUUCGAUGCUCCGCGUUGCGAUUUAGUUUUUAGAAAUGGAGAGGCAAACUUUAAACUCUUGGAAAAUGUCGAAGAUGUGAAAGGAAAUAAUGGAGACAAAGGCUGUGAAAUUUGUUUUUCAGGGGAUUUAUACAUUACCAACUUAAGGUUGCUCUGGAUAUCUAAGUGUGUAAUGCGGAACAGUUUGUCUAUUGGCUUUGGCUGCAUCAUAAAUAUUUGUUUUAAGAAUAUCAAUUCAAAAGCAGCUGAAAAAAGCCUGGCGGUUGAUGUUCUUACUACGUUUUCUGGGACAAGGUAUGAAUUCAUUUUUGCUGAAUGCGGAGUUGGUGAUUCCAAAAUGAUGGAGUACAUUACAACAGUUUACAAGGCAUAUGAUUCCACGAGGAUUUAUCGAGAGUUACGGGUUCGUGGAGCACUAGUGAAAGGAAACCUUCUUAUGUUAUUGCCAUUAGAAAGUUUAUUUGAUGAAAUAGAUGGAGUAUGGAAUCUUUCAUCUGAUCAAGGAAAUCUAGGGAAGUUGUUUGUAACAAAUUUUCGACUUGUUUGGACAUCUAUAAUUAACGUGAACUUCAAUAUUAGCAUUCCUUUCCUGCAGAUACAAAUGAUUGCAACCAGAAAAUCUAAGUUUGGAGAGGCACUCGUAAUUCAAACUACACGGCAGGCAGGAUCAUGUCUUCUUGGGUUUCGAAUAGAUCCACGCGAGCGUCUCAAUAAAGUAGCGAAGCAACUUGGUAGUUUACAUAGCAUUUAUUGGAAAAACCCUGUUCUUGGAAUUACUACUGGUCAAACAAAAGAUGAGACAAUACAAAAUGUAAAGAAAAUAAAUGAAGACAUAGAUGAAUCUAGAGGUCGAACUGCUGAAGAUCACUGUGAUAUUCUUUCAGUUUAUCUAGCGGAUGGAACUAAACUAAAAGACAGAGAGCCAGUGUAUAACGAGGACCUCGGCCUUGCUGUCGAACGUCUACCAGAAAACUACACUAUAUCUGACUUGUGGAAGAUAAUACCAGAAAGGAAAAAAGAUAAAUGAUUUUCAUCAAAGGAAUUUAUCAUAAUCCUGACCAUCUUUACAAAUAACAAAUAAAUAUUACAAAUAUGUAAAGAAUGUCCUUGUGUAUAAACUCAACCACCGUGCAAUGAAGAUAUAAAUAUAACUUUAUCCAUUUCCUUCAAAAUAUAGUCAUUUUCACCCAAUAAACUGUAAUCCACAUCAUUGAUUAAAAUGAGAAUUCCAGGUCGAACGCUUUUCCCUUGUAAGAAGAGUUCAGGACGUUCUUUUAAAAGAUUUUUCUCCAACCAAACAAGCAAAUCACCUAGUCGAACCACUGUUGGUGGUAGGUCAACUUGAUAUUCUUUUUGCUUGUUGAACAAAAGUUCAGCCCCACCGGAAAAUUCAAUAUCAAGUCUCAUCCAAUUGUUAUGAUCUGAAAGGAAAUAAACGAAAGAUCAAUGCAUCCCAGAUGAAAAAAUUAUAUGGUCGCCAGAUCUUAGAAAAAGAUUCCGUAAAAAGAACUUGUGCUUUAAAACAGGUUAUGAAGAUAAAAAAGACUAUUUUGAUAGGUGAUGAAGAGCCACGCACUUAUCACAAAUUGACAAUUUCAAGAUCCCUAUACACUUUAAAAACAAAGAAUUUUUUGAGCGAACAGUUUUCAGAAAGUUUGUCAUCAGGUUCUAACGCUUUAUACAUCUAUAAUCUUUGUGUUACAGUGGGCAAAAUUAAGUAAAUAUGAAUUAAUAAAUU